AUGUUUAGAUCAAAAAAGUGUAUUUUAGUUUUAUUGAUUUUGGGUUUCAUAUCAAAAUCCUAUCAGGAUGUAUCGCAUUUUUUCGCUCAAGCUCCGGAAUUUGGAUAUUAUCAACAUCAUCAUCAUUUGCAGCCACAACAAACGCAUAUUCCGGUAGCUUUUCAAUCAGGAAUUUCAUCACUUUAUGGACCACCUCCAUCUAGUGCCGCUGAUGCGUCAGGUCUUUAUCCUAAUCCUAUUGGAUCUGCUGAAGUAGUGACACCAGCACCAGUGGCCCCGAUUUCCAGUAGUACUGAAUUAUUGCUGCCAGAAAUUGUGGAAAAUCGCAGUGUCAAGGAUCGUAGGAAUUUUAUACCUUUGUUUAAUCAGUAUCUACCACCCGCACCACCAGUGGCCGAUGAAAGGCCUAACUAUGAAAGUCCACAACAGGGUAACCAACAAUAUGAUCCCUUUAAUGGUGGCUACAUCUAUCAGAAACCUUCGACAACAAGCACCACAACACCCAGACCCGCCCAAGCUAUAGUAGUGGUAGAUCCACCAGAAUUCUUACAGCCCAUUAACAAUGAUCCCAUUAUUCUGCCACCCAUAAAUAACGAUCCCUUUGAACAGGUCCCUUUACCAUCUCCCACCCAGGGUUACGAUUAUCAUAUACCCUCCACUCCUGUAAUAGUGGCAGCUGAUUCUCCUUUUAAUCGUCCCCCAUCCACACCAGCUCCCGGUUAUUUGCCACCCUCAAAAGAUCAACAGCAACCCUUGUCGAUUGUACAAAAUUCAGACAAUUCAAAUCCUUUGCGUUUACGAGUCCACGAAAUGCGCUGUUUGCAGCAACAACCCAAAAUUUCGGGUUACUUCAGGGCGGUUUUAAAAAUCGAUAAUUUCCUAAGUGCCACGCCCAGUGUUGAUAAUGAUUCUAGCGAUAAGCGAUGUGAGCUGAAACUGCAGAAGAGUUAUGUAGUGGUGGAUAUAGCGGGAGAAGAUUUUGCACGCUGUGGUGUGCAACAGUGUGGCACAGAUUUAUGUUUGCGUGUACGUUUUCCCGCGCUAAGGGGAAUGCGCACGGGUUCGGAUAGUAUUUUGACGUUGCAUUGUAAGUCACAGAGUAGAGUGGCUGUCAAGACACAUGCCCUUAAAAUGGGUGUGGCAAAUGAUGUACAAGCCCGCAGCAUUGGCACUUAUGCCAAGGGAGGUACACAAAACUCUUUCCGCACUCAUGUGGAGUUACUGAGAAAAUCAAAUCAAGGUUAUGGCAGACAUUUGCAAACGAAUGAGGCAGUACAACUGGGAGAAGAUUUGCUGUUAAGGGCUCAUGUUAUAACAGGAGAUGGCUGGAAUUACACCAAACUCACCGAUGUCAGCCUUCAAAGAAUCUCACCAUCUGGUGAAAUACUUAACAAUGUACAGCUCAUCACCUCACAGGGCUGUUUAAAUCCUUCCAUGAAGGGCAUUUGUACACAGAAUCCCUCUUUUGAUGCUCCUCUGGGCUACAAACUGCCCUUCAAGGCAGUCAUGUUCCAGGGCAUGAGAAGUGGCGAGGAAUUGAUUAUGUCUAUGCGCAUUACAGGCUGUCUGGAGCACCAAGAUUGCUAUGUGAAUGCCGAUCAAUGCAACAACUUUAAUACAUCCAAUUUAAAGCGACGUAAACGGGAUAUGUUGAAUAGUAAUACGACUGCUAAUAAUACGGAAAUUUCGGAGAUUUCAAAAAUAUCAUUUAGAGUUAUUAUGCCGGGAGAAGAAGUGCCUGACAGUAACUAUUCACCUGCAAGUCUAAAAGCCCAAUCGAAAUCAUUAAUUUUAUUUGGCUCUUUGGGUUUUAUCGCUCUUCUAAUGGGUGUGGGCAUUUUCGCUUUAAUCAAAUUUAGAAAAUAUUAAU